AUCGUCAGUUUACCUAGAGCCAUUUGACAGGUACAUGGUGAUGAGUCCUUCACAGUAUAUUCAGUGUACCUGUCUGCUGCUGCUUCUCACUGAGGGUCAGUCAAGGCCACCAAGCGACCACAAGAAACGCUUUCAGCUGGAAGCUGUCAAAGAAGAAAUAUUAGACUAUCUGGGUCUAACAGGACCUCCAUCUGUAAGAGAAAAACUGAGUCCAGAAGAGCUGAAGAAAAUGUACCAGCUGUAUGAAAUGAGAAUGAACAAAGUGAGAGGGAAUACAAGUUCUGACGACAGCCUUAGAAAUCAAGCCAGCACUGUUCAUCAGCUAGUUUCAAAGUUCAAACCAACAUGGAAGAACAAAACAAGAACUAGAGGAGAAGCAGACAAUCACGUUCAAAUGUACAGCCUCAUCUUUUCAAGAAGCAGCUUCAUUAAUAAAAAAAUGAAUGUUAUUAGCGCCAAACUGAAACUUCAUCAACAUCUUUUUCAUAAGCUGAAGCUAAAUGCUAGAGGCCUGAAGGUGAUCAGUGUUUACAAGGUGCUAAAGCACAGACAUAUACUGCUGGGUUCCAAAGCAUUUACUGCACCAGGAAGUGCUAACCUUGACCUUUCCCUGCCUGUGCAGCACUGGAUGGCAAGUUCUGAUGAACAUUUGAAACUUGCACUAGAAUUUCCACCUCAUGCUUUCAUGUUCCUCAAAACUAAAACAACCGAUGACGAAGAUGAUGCGAGCAGUACAAUUCUGGAAAUUGAAUCAAAGGUGAAUGUGCAAAAAUCCCAGCAGCUAAGAGAAAGGAGAGACAUAUCAUCAGAUGCUGACUGCAAAAGCAAUGACAAGAGAUGCUGUCGCAAGUCUUUAAGUGUAUCUUUUGAAGAAAUUGGAUGGUCUGACUGGGUAAUAGCCCCUAAGAGCUACACCAUGUAUUUUUGUGUUGGCUCUUGCCCUCAUAACUACAAGGCUUCAAGCAUGCACACACAGAUUAAAGCCAAAAUGCAUCACCUCUCUAAUGGGGCCACACCCGCCCCGAGCUGUGUUCCUGCAGAAUAUGAACCUAUGGUAUUAAUGCAUUACACAAGUGAAGGAAAACUGACAAUGACAACUUUUGAAGAUAUUAUUGUCAAACAAUGUUACUGUGCCUAAUUUUCAUUAUUUUAUAAGUUUCUCAAUAAAAUCCACAAGACACACAAGUAUAUGUUCAGGGUCAGCCCAGGAGCACUGGAAUGUUAAGUGAAGGUUAAGAGUGUGUAUAUGUUUCCUCUGUGUGCAAAUCGAGGUUUCAACAAUCAGACUCUAGUCUCCUGGAUACCAAGCUCAUUUUACAGUCUGUUACUUUAACCUUGGGGUAAACUAUCAGAUCGAGUUCUGCACUGUUCAGACUCUGGUAGACAAGCACUGAAUAUGGUAUCUAAGCCCUGAAUAUGUUUCCUCAACUGUGGUAAUAGUAAAUACUAAAAAAAAAAAUGCUAAGCCACAUCAUGAGACUGUAACCAUAAAAUCACUGACAAUAAUAUUUUAGUGUUUUUGUUUGUUUUAUUACAGAACUUCAUCAGAAAUACAUCAAAUUCAACCCCCCACUUGUAUACACACCCAUUUUCAUAAUAGUUAAU